UUGAUUUGUUGGAGGAGGAGAAAGUGAAAGGGGAGGAGUGCAGGGGGAGGCGAGAUCACGCAGGGAAAAGCAGAGAAGAGAUUGUGCGUGUUUUGAUGCACCUCGGCCCUGCAUUCGUGGAGUGGAAGGCUUUUAAUGCUCUUGCUCACCCGCGGAGGACAGCAAGGAGAGAAGAGCGGGGAAGAAGAAGAAGAGGAAGAAGUAGUAGUCCCGAGGCCUGAGCAGCACUCCUCCUCGCCUUUUUGAGCGCUGUCCUCUCCCCCUUCCUGGCCCUGCAUGGACGGGGAUGGGGAGAGCCGGAUGCUGUUGCAGCGGGGCUGAGCGCCUCGCCUCCCCGUCUACGGUGCGCCGCUUCCGGCCACUGCUGCUACUGAUUAUCGCUCUGACCUCCGCUGCCCGCAUAGGGCAGUGCCAGGUGAUCACCCCGCAGUGUCGCAUCCAGAAGUGCACCAUUGACUUUGUCUCCCUGACCUCUCACCUCACGCCGGCUGUGGAUGACUUUCACGUCGAAUUCUGCAAAGCUUUGCGAGCUUACUCAGCCUGCACACAGAAGACAGCAAAGUCCUGCAGGGGCAACCUGGUCUUCCACUCAGCCGUUUUGGGCAUCUCGGAUUUAAUGAGCCAGAGGAACUGCUCCCGAGACGGCCCCGUUUCCUCCGCGCACCCCGAGGUCCACCAUGAGCCUUGCAACUACUACAGCCGCACUCAGCAUGCGCACACACACGCCCAUGCGCACGCGCACACUCACGGCCACACCCACACGAGGCAGGGAUUCCUUUUCUGCGGGCUUUUCGGGGACCCCCAUUUGAGGACAUUCAAGGACAGCUUCCAGACUUGCAAGGUGGAGGGGGCGUGGCCUCUCAUCGAUAAUGACUAUCUGUCGGUCCAGGUCACCAAUGUUCCAGUGGUUACGGGUUCCUCUGCCACAGCCACCAAUAAGAUCACGGUUAUCUUCAAGCCCUUUGAGGGCUGCACCGACCAAAGGGUCUACCAGGCCGUGACGGACAACCUACCAGCCGCCUUUGACGACGGCACCGUGAGCAGCGGAGACCCCAUCCAUGUUUCAGUGGGGUCCGACGGCGCCGCCGGCAAAGUGAGGGCCCUUUGGAUCUCAGAGCGCAGUCCGGGCCACCACGUCGAGUUGCACGCGGGCUACAUCGGCGUCACGGUUAUCGUCCGACAGCUCGGUCGCUAUCUGACCCUGGCGGUGCGAAUCCCCGAAGAGCUGGCUCAGGCUUACGAUGCCACCCAGGACCUGCAGCUGUGUCUGAACGGCUGCCCCAGAGUCGAGCGCAUCGACCAGAGCGGCCACCUCCCCCUUACGCCGCCUUCUGUCGGCCUUCGGCUCCAGCAUCUGCACAGGCCCAGGUACUCCUCGCAGAUACAGUUAUACUCCCCCAGUGACAGGCAGGUGUUCACCGCGGAGGGUGCGAAGGAACGCUGCCGGGAGCAGCUGGAGGUGCAGGAUAUUUACUUCCACUCCUGUGUGUUUGAUCUCUUAACCACUGGGGACGCUAACUUCACAGUGGCAGCAUACAGUGCCCAGAAAGACAUGGAGAGUCUUCACCCGCACAGAGACAGAUGGAGGAUCUACCCGAAAGGUUCUGCCCCUUCCACCUUGCACCCCCAACCUUUGCAACUUCUCACUCUGCUCCUGCUUUGUACACUCAGCUUUGUGUAGAAGUGAUAGUCCUGCAUGUAUAUGAAGUGCACUAAUUUUCCUGAGCGCUAAUACUGGUUCAUCACUCAACAGGAAGGUUUUACUUUAGCGGAGGUGAAAUAGUGGUCUCACUUUCAUGCGUUCUUCAUCUUUGGAUCAGAAGCUCAUGACAAUGACUUAAAUGUUGCUCUGUAGGUGAUAAGUGAUACAUUACCCAACAUGUAAAUAAUGUUUCUCACGCCGUGUAAUAGUGUAGUUUUUUUUUUCAUAGAAGCACUUUAUUUUGAUGUCUUUUUUGCUCAUUGAAAUCCACGUCAGUGUUUCUUACCCACGCCUAAGUCGGGAAUUUUUUUAAUGAAAAUAUUGUACAUCAAUCUCAAAACUAGCUGAUUUUACUUGGUCUAAUGUUUUAAGUAUUAUGUGAGUUGUUAUCUUUUGGAUGUACUAAAAACAUUUGUAUGGACAUGCUCUUCUUCUUCUUCAGUCCUGAUGUCAACGUUUUGUGUGUGUCAGUGUUUUUUCGAUCCAAUUGCCGACUUGCCUGGAUGUGUUUCUCAUUAUUCUCUGAGUCUUUUUAGAGCAUUCCAGCCUCUUUGCCAAUAGGCUGCAAGUACAGUCUAUGGGUUUGUUUUUCUUACUCACUGUAGUCUUUGUUGAGUUGAUUUGAGCCAAAGACAAACAGACGUUUCUUAAUGUACAAAGGACGCAACUCAGCAUCAAACCAGCACCUUCCCCUCUCCUGCUGUUCAAUGCGCUACUUUAAAUUAACAAGUUUGUCUCUUGCCGGGAUCCCACGUCAAGUACUGAACAUUGGACAAAUCCCAGCAAAUAAACGUUUCACCACAGUGUCCGUUUUUGGAUAUUGCAGCACUUGUUGCAAAUUUUUGUUUCCUUUUUUUAAAUACCUGAUAGAAAUAUGUCAACUCUGGACAAUGAGCCAAUAGGUCUUAUGACAUUCUCUGUAAUUAUUCUGUUUUGUUUGGCCAUCAGCUGAUGGCCAAUCAUAGCUUUUGUGAAGCGAGGCUGGCAUACUUAACUUAUUUAAGAACUGUCGAUUCCUGCAUUGUAUAGAUCCAUCCUCUCGCCUCUGUGAAUAAUUUAAAAUUUGUAAGUUGUGAUUGUUCUGUCACCCAGUGCUUCUCUGUUGCUAUGUCAAGUGUGUUAUUCAAGGCACUUAAAACGUGGAGGAAAGAAA